AUGAGGGUUUCACGAACUCACCUGCUGGAAGAAGGGUUCGACGUCGCAGAUGGCCUCCGCGAAACGGAGUCGCCGCCGUUCAUCACUCAGCGACAGCCGCUCUCUCGUCUUCGAGCUGCUUCGUUUGGAUGGGAGCAAGCAAACCCUCACCUACACUACUGCAACAUAUGGACAAAAUUGAUGGACAGACAGAGCAACGAAGGGUUAAUAGAAUAA